GGCUGAAGUUGAUGGUUGGUGAAAAAAGGUACAUGGAUGGGCUCCCUCCCCCUCAUUAUUUCCAAGUAAAAACAAAAGAGGAAAGUCUCCUCCUUCCACCCUCCAUCCAUCUCGACCCAAUCUAUCCAAUAGGGAUAGAAAGAUCUGCAAAAUACCUACCUCCAUAUCCAAAAACGAGCUCAAGCAAUAGGAAUCAAAAGAGGGGUUUUAGAGAAGGAAAAGUGAAGGAAAGUGUGGAGAGAUUAAGGGGCUUGACUGAAGUGUUUCUAGAGUUUGCCGGAGUUCGCCGGAGAUUCGCCGGAGUUUCGCCGGAGUUCAACUAAGGAGAGUAGAAUCUUCUUAAAGCUCAUUUGAGGUUGAAGCUAGAGCCUGUUGUCUACACCUUUGCACGGGUGGAAAGAAUCUAGAGGAAGACGUGGUUCGUGCUUCCUUUAUUAUUUUAAAUCAUAAACUAUGCUCAUGGAUACUUUUGUAAUAUUACAUUGUUUUGGCCUGCGAGCCUACGUUUUGCCAUAUGUGGCUUAUGAUUGACCGUUGAAUAUUUUCCGCUAUUCAUUCAAUCUAUGAUGUUGUUAUGUAUGUUUA